UUCAUUCUCGCGCCUUACCAUAUAUAUCCUCUUCUUCCCAAUCCCAAACUCCAACCAACCAACAAUGAAGAAGAUAGUGUUCUUGUUUCUUUCCCUUCUCUUUUGUUCCACCUUCCAUGUCUCCCUCUCCCUCAUUGAUGGGCUAGUGGCAAAUGGAAAUUUCGAGCUGGGUCCGAAACCAACAGAAUUAAAAGGCACAGUCGUAACCGGCGGCAAAAACUCGAUACCGGAAUGGGAAAUAUCAGGACUAGUAGAAUACAUAAAAUCAGGACAAAAACAAGGUGACAUGUUGCUAGUUGUACCAGAAGGUGCAUAUGCAGUGAGAUUAGGUAAUGAAGCAUCAAUAAAACAAAGAAUAAAAGUGAUUAAAGGAAUGUAUUAUUCAGUAACUUUUAUGGUUGCACGUACAUGUGCACAAGAAGAAAGAAUUAAUAUAUCUAUUGCUCCUGAUUUUGGUGUUAUUCCAAUACAAACAUUGUAUACAAGUAGUGGUUGGGAUCCAAUUGCUUAUGGUUUUAAAGCUGAAUAUGAUGUUGUGGAAAUGGUUAUUCAUAAUCCUGGUGUUGAGGAAGAUCCUGCUUGUGGUCCUCUUAUUGAUUCUGUUGCCCUUAGGACUCUCUACCCUCCUAGACUUACUAAGAACAACAUAUUAAAGAAUGGUGGAUUUGAAGAAGGACCUUACAUAAUCCCAAACUCAUCAUAUGGAGUAAUCAUCCCACCAAACAUAGAAGACGACCAUUCACCCCUUCCGGGAUGGAUGGUAGAAUCCUUAAAAGCCGUAAAAUACUUAGACUCGGAUCAUUUCUCCGUCCCCGAAGGAACAAGAGCAAUAGAAUUAGUAGCCGGAAAAGAAAGUGCAAUAGCACAAGUAGCUAGAACAAUUCCAGGCAAAACUUAUGCACUAUCAUUUUCAGUUGGUGAUGCAAGUAAUUCAUGUGAAGGUUCAAUGAUUGUUGAAGCAUUUGCUGGUAAAAACACAAUUAAGGUACCUUAUCAAUCUAAAGGUAAAGGUGGAUUCAAACGUGCUGUUCUUAAGUUUGUAGCUGUUGGGAUAAGAACAAGGGUGAUGUUUCUAAGUACUUUCUAUAGUAUGAGAAGUGAUGAUCUUUCUUCUCUUUGUGGUCCUGUUAUUGAUGAUGUCAAGUUACUCAGCGUGCGGAAACCUUAAAGGGCUACUUUUAGCCUUCACUAAUCUCUUAAGAACUACAUCCAUCCAAAUUUACUAAUCCGAACCAGAAAAAUGUUGUAUUUUUCUUGCGUUCGGAUUAGUAAAUUUGGACGGAAGCGGUUUAUAAGAAUCGGGGAUGGAAAAAAAGCUUUCUAAACCUUAAGGUUGUUAUUAUUGGGCUUUUCAUGGUGUGAGGCUAGUAUCAAAAUAUUAUUAUGGGUUCUAAGCCUUUUGAUCAGUUUUUAUAUAUAUUUGUUAGGGGAAUAAGAGUGUUUUUUUUUUUCCUGCUUUUUUAAAAGACCCUUGAGGUGCUAAGUAUGAUUUUUAUUUGAAUAUAUAUGAAAAAUGUGUGUAUAUCAAAUUAUCAAUGAUCAAUGAUGUUAGCAUAUA